UCAUCGAUGGUGCUUUCAGCUGCCAUUUUUCUCUAAAAUAACAAGUCACACAGAGUCACCAAUCUUCACGCGUGCUUUGUUUAUGUUCAUCAAAAUGCGCAUAAAAAUAAAGUUCUUAGCAACUUCAGGACUGCUUAAGCGCUCUGGUUACCAUGGUAAUCAUAAGCGUCAGCAUACAAAAUUAGGACAGCCGUUCAGUGCGUAUAGAGUUUGGACUGCACGCAUUCAUGCGAACCAGUGGAGGCUUGAGCCAUGGACAACUGUGAUUUAGAAAAGCUCUCCGUUUCUGCUGGGAAGCUCCAGCCAGCCUUCUCAUCAGAAGCUACAGACUACAAAGUGUCAGUGCAGAGCAGCGUCAACAAAGUCACUUUAAACCUGACUACCAGUGACUGUGGAGCUUCGUACACUAUUCUCUCUUGUGACCGUUCCAAAACUAUUAAACUAAAAGAUGGGUUGAACAGAGUGGAAAUUGAGGUGGUAGCUGAAGAUGGCACCACAAAGAAAUACAGACUGGAAAUCACCAAACUUUCAUCAAAGAUUGCAGAGCUCAGUAACCUGGGUUUGGAUGGGAAUAUUGCAAUCUAUCCACCAUUUACCCCCAAAACAUAUGAAUACAGUUGUAAUGUUCCCUUUUACUGCAAUGAAGUGACACUACUUCCAAAAGUGCCAGACAAACUCAUAAAAGUUACCAUAAAUGGGAAGAGCAGCUCCCAAUCAGUCCCACUAAAUUUUGGAGACACUAUGGUGGAAGUCUCAGUCUGUUCAGCAGAUGGCACCAUUUCACAGGUAUACACCGUGUUGGUGACUCGAGAACUAAUUCCCAUAGCUGUGACCUUCACUGAUGGGAAGCAGCAGCUGGACUUUGAAUGUCCAGUGUCUCUGAGUGCUUUUUACAGGCCUGUGUCUGUCAUCCACAGUAAACCAAAGAGCAUCUUCUCAAGGCCGUACGUUGAGAUGCUAACACGAAGAUCAAAAGUUGACCCGCUUAGCGAUUGUCCUCUAGGAGAUGAUUGGAGGGUCCCUGAACUGGACCUUGACAAAAAGAUGUCUGCUGCUAUGGUCAAGUGUUUCUUUUGUUACAGAGGAUGUGACAGAGUGAUGGAACUAUCAGAGCUGGGGUCACAUUCCCUGGACUGUCCACACAAACCCACAGGGGACCUCAAUGCAAAGGAUGUCACAGAGACAGAUUGGUAUAAGGAAAACUUUGAAUCAUCCAGCUGUUUGAAGAUUGAAACUAAACAUGAUUGUGAGAUACAUAACUGGGAGAAAAGACUGCAAAUGUCUGCAGAAGAAGACAGUGUGGAGAAAUUGUGUGCACUGGCUGAGGAACAACUGAAACACUACAGGAAACAUCUUCCAAAAUCAGGGGAACGUUUGCAUCAUGAGGAUGGCGAGUCUCCUCUGCAUAGCCUGGAGCAGGCUGCUAUUUACUAUGCAUCAGCUAUUAGACUCAGAUUCAGAGAUGCCAGACUCCACUUUCUGCUGGGUCUCAUUCUGGAGGAGCAACACUAUGCUACAGAGGUGUACGGCCUCCAGAGAAAGGCUGACAGAGGCAGGGAUGAAUUAAGUGAUGCCAAAUCAAUAGUACUUCAGGAUGACAUUCUGGGUGUGUGUAAGCUGCAUGGCUUCCUUGGCACGCCUACGGUGGAGAAACAGCUGCAGGCCUUGGAUAAAGAGUUUCAGUUGCUCAAAGAGCAAGGGCAGUCAAGCAAAGCAGACUAUGUCCAGACUCUCUACAUCUGGCUCUCCAAGAAAACUAGCAGGGAUAGCAGUGCAGUGAUGCAGGAUGAGGAGAGCUCUGGCCACCGAGCCCUGGUGAAGUACUUGGAUGCCUGGUCCCUGAGUCCAGACAACUGGGAGUUCAGUCUGCAUGUAGGAAGGCUUCUGUUGCUUCAGGGGAGGAGCAGGGAAGCUCUGCAGCACCUUCAGAGCGGCCUGGCAUUACGCCCUCUACACCCUGCUCUAAGAUUCUUCACAGGGCUGGCUCUGUUGCAGCAGGAGCAGAAAGCCUCAGAGGGCACAGAAAGAGAGGCUGCACUAUUCUUACAUCAGGGACUGGAGCACUUUGUCAGCCAGUGCUGCAGGAAGAGCCACGUGGAACAGGAUCCAUCAGAUCCUCUGUCCAGUCUCAAUAGACAGUUCCUGCGAGGCCUUAUCACUCUUGGCCAGCUGCAGCAGAGGAACACGCUGUCUGGGAAGAGCAUGAGUGCAGAACAGGUAUAUCACUUUGUAGCAGUGCUGACUGCCCAGAGUGUGAGUCAGUGUGCGUGUCGCAGUGAUGUGACCAGGCAGCUGGAGUGGGUGCUGCUCGAUGCUCACUUCGCCCUGCUGCAGAAACUGAACCAGCAGGGCAAAGGCCACGCUGAGGCUGGUAUCACGACGCGGUCCCUGGUGGCGAAGAGAUGCCAGGCCCUCACAGCGCUCAUACGUCUCACCACCAUCACUCCCUGUCGGGAACUACUGGACAUCCAGGAGAGAACAUGUCAACUGGCAGUGGUGACUACGCCACGGGACAGCCAUGCCCUGUGCCUCCUUGGUCUGGCUCAGCUGGCCCAAUAUGACAACAACCCAAGUUCAGAUAAGUCUAGAGAUGCCAGAAGUGAUGCCUGCCUCAGCUUCCAGGCCAGCAUUGAGCUGGAAGGCAAGCUUCAGAAUGGAGAACCACCUGAGCAGCUUAUAAAACAAAAGUGGUGGAUGAACCAGCUGGAGACUGAGAACAAGAAAGCUGUCCCACCAUCUACUACUCCAACCACCCAAGCAAAGGUACCUUUUAAAAAAGAUGUGGCCAAAAGAGGAGCUAAGCAGGGCAGGGGAGGGACCAGUCAGGGGCAGGCAGCUGUGACCAAAACUCAGACUCCUGCCACAUCAGCCCCCAUCAGGGGGGGGAAGGCCACUUGGCCUCCAGCCAAAACCCCUGCAGUCAGGGGGAGAGCUGGAGCAGCUGCCAAGACAGAUAAAUCAGGUAAACCUUCCAACAACAGUACCAAACCCAAGCUCCCUGCAAACAAGCCUAAACAGGAUUGUUGUCCUAAGACUGUUGAGCCUGCAGAAGAGCCUGUUGUAGUGCCAAGAGUCAGUGGGCCCAGCGUAGUGAACCGAAUGUCUCAUGUAUCACGACUGGGUCUGGCUCGGGUCCUCUCACACUCUGCAGACACUCAGGACCAGGCAAAGCAACUCUACCAAGAGGUCAUCGCCAUGGCACCAGGGAUCCACGAUGCCUACAUUGAGCUUGCGCAGCUUCUGGAGCCGUCUGAUCCUGGAGCUGCUAUAGACGUCUACUGCAGAUUCCCACAGAAGCCUGUGGCUGAGCAGAGUUUCGAUGAUGCCUUCAUCACUGGGGAGAUCAUCCGCAUGCUAAUGUCCCAGGAGCAGUAUGACCACCCACAGCUGGGCCCCAGUCUGGUGGCGCACGCCAAAGUCAUGGGCCUAAGUUGCAUAGAGAAAUAUAUCGAUAUUUUGGAUGGAAAGUCAAGGACCACGCUGGUGAAAAGUGUCUACGCAAACAUUCAUGACAAAGAAGUGGAUGAUCCUGAUCUAAAUGACUUUUUCAGGUUUAAAUGCUGGAUAUGACAAU